CUGGUCUCGUCAGGCACGACCAUACCAGACAUGUGCAGGACGACGUUGACACCGUCCUUGUGUCUCGAUGCCUUGUCGUCGGCGUCGUCGCUGCUUGCAUCGAUGCCCAUCCCGCCCGAGAUGCUAUCGAUGCAGCGAGACGCUUUGGACGCUGUCCGAGCCAUGAACGUCAGUCUUGUUCAGUUUGCUGCCACACCCAACUCGAGUCAUAUUGCGCUCGAUCAUGUACCGUUGCUCGACUGGCUAUUCUUUGGCCAUCACAUCUUGUUCAAGUGGGCCGCCGGACUCCGCGAAGUGCUCUCGAUCGAGGGCGACGUCGGCUCUGUCACUGUCAUCUCCAACGCAUACGCGGGUCAGCCGUACAUCACGAGCAACGCUUCGUUCGAGACGGCGACAACUGCGAUUCUCUACCUAGUGCAAGUCACAACAGGCCUCCUUCUCUUUGUGGGCUUGCUCACGAUACUGUACGUACUCUUCUUUGCCCGCGGUCAUGUCCAUGGCCUCAACCUCUUUCGGUUCAACCGGUUGGUUGGCGCCGUCUGGAUCGGCCGACCACUGGUCGUUCUCCGCGGUAUCAGCGCGCUUUUGCUCCUUAGCUCGGCCCAAGUGAGCUUGGAAGCGACGCUCUUGGGCACCACCUUGGCGCCCAAUCCCCGCUCCAUCGGCCACGCGAUGCUCGUCGCUGGCGAAGCCACGUGGGUAACCUACGUCGUCAACGAAGUGCUCAUCGUGCUACUGCCGAGAGAGGUGACUGCUCACUACAGUCCGUGGAGCGCGUGUGUCGUCUGGCUGAGUCUGCUUGUUUUGGAUAUGACAGCGCCUGUGCCGCUCACCAUUACGCUCGACCGACAGUGUGUCGGUAAUGAUAUGGACUAUGGCCUUCUCUGCGCGAGCGGUGUCAUCUCUGUGGGCAGCUACGACCGACUGCUGACGCUACUGGGCAUCCACGUCGGUGUCGUCGUCAUCACGGUCGUAGCGAGUCUAAUGUGGUGUCGGCGACGGCCAGUGGAUUCGGGCGCGGAGCCGAGUUUGCACUUUUCAAGUGCAACGGCUUUGUUUGCCAUGCCGAUGGCUUUGAACCCAAGCGGCGCCACGUUCGAUCUUGUGACGUGCGUCCUCUGCGGUCUGGUGCCCGUGUGGUUCAAAUCCGAGUCGUACGUCUUCAACUUAACGCUUUGGCACUUUGUGGCCGAUAAUACUAUGACCCAGAGAGCGCGCCGUCGCAAGGACUUUAGCCCGACAACCAUCAGUGCCCACAUCAUUAAUGUUGCGACGACAGAUAAGGUCACGGGUCCUUCCGUACAGGCAACGGCGGUGGCUGUUGCGAGAUGCCGCCUGACAUCGAAGCACUGGGGUCGCAUCAAAGCUUGCUUCGCUUUUUGCCACGCGGUUUUUGCAACUGUCAGCAGCGUCUUGUACUUUGAAGUCUCCCAAGUCGACCUCGCCAACGACUAUUACUGGGCCAACUUUAACGUCACGGGCGCCCACGCAUUCUUCGCCAACUGGCUCAACGAACAGCUCGUUCUUGGUCUCUCCACGGCGGCUCUCGCGCUCGACGCACCCAGCAUCACGCUACCGGGAGCCUUUGCGGCCCCCAGCGCCGCGGUGAGUGCCCCCAACAACUUUGGUGCUAUGCUCCAGCACACCCAGCUGACGACUCUUGAGAUUUCGAUUGCCGGCCUCCGGGCCUCGGACGCCUGUAUGGCCCCCUGGAUCUUCUCGCCCUACUGC